AGUCGCAUGCUUACUACUACUCCGUAUUUCGCAUCCGAAAUCGCUCGGAAAUUUCAUCCGAAUCAGCAAUUUUCCGGACUAGUAUAAUUCCCGCAGAAAUUUUCGGUUUCAAACUGUUGGGGUUCUGGUUCUCCGGUCUCCUCGCCUCCAGCUCCAGUACUACAUAUACUCCUCCGAUGUCUGCGUUCCUUUUUCUGCUGACCAAAGCGAAGAGGGAAAGAGUUGGAGAGCAGGCGGCGAAGUAGGAGGCAGGUAAUGGAGGGAGGGAGCAGCUGGAGCAUGGACGGCUAUCUCAAUGAGCACUUCCACAUCCCCGCCAAGAACCCGCCGAGCGAGGCCCGCCUCCGGUGGCGCCGCGCCGUCGGCCGCGUCGUCCUCAACAGCCGCCGCCGCUUCCGCGAGUUCUCAGCCCUCGGCGCCGUCGACGACGCCCAGCGCCGCAAGAUCCUGGGAAAAGUGCAGGUUGUAAUUAAUGUGCACAGGGCGGCGCUGCAAUUUAUCAACGGCGUAAAACAGUACCACUUAACACAUGAGCUUAUCGAGGAAGGAUUUCGUAUCAGCCCGGAUGAACUAGCAGAAAUUACUGGCAUGCACGAAGAUUCUACGAUCUUGAAGAAGCAUGGUGGACCCAUUGGAAUAUCUAGCAAAAUUAAAGCCUCUUUGGAAGAUGGUGUCAAGGAAACUGAAAUAAUGACGAGGCAGAAGUUGUAUGGUACUAACAAGCAUGCCGAGAAACCCCCUAGAGGCUUCUGGAUGUUUGUGUGGGAUGCAUUACAUGACCUGACUUUGAUUAUUCUAGUAGUGUGUGCUCUAGUUUCUCUACUGGUUGGCCUAGCCACCGAGGGGUGGCCAAAGGGUAUAUAUGAUGGCCUUGGCAUAAUACUGAGCAUUUUAUUGGUGGUACUAGUUACUGCAUCCAGUGAUUACAAGCAGUCAAGGAAGUUCAUGGAGCUAGACCGUGAGAAGCAGAAGAUAUAUGUCGCUGUCACUAGAGAUAAGAAAACCAAGAAAGUUUUGAUUCAUGACUUGGUAGUCGGUGAUAUCUUACAUCUUUCCAUAGGUGAUGUGAUUCCUGCAGAUGGCUUGUUUAUAUCUGGUUACAGCCUACUGAUAGAUGAAUCUAGCUUGUCAGGUGAGAGCGAGCCAAUUCAAGUCUCUGAAGAAAAAUCUUUUCUACAUGCCGGGAGUAAAGUGGUAGAUGGGACAGCUAAAAUGCUCGUCACUGCCGUCGGUUCGCGUACCGAGUGGGGGAAAAUCUUGGGUACUGUUAAUGAAGAUGGAGUUCAUGAAACUCCUUUGCAAGUUAAGCUAAAUGGUGUAGCUACAAUCAUAGGGCAGAUUGGGCUUGUCUUUGCUAUUCUCACAUUUUUAGUACUUUUAGCAAGGUUCUUGGUCGACAAAGCAAUGCAUGUUGGUUUGAUGAAUUGGUCGGCGAAUGAUGCAUUGAUAAUAGUCGACUACUUUGCUAUUUCGGUGACCAUUAUUGUCGUCGCAGUCCCCGAGGGUCUGCCAUUGGCUGUGACUCUUAGUCUAGCAUUUGCCAUGAAGAAGUUGAUGAAUGACAAAGCACUAGUCAGGCAUCUUGCAGCAUGUGAAACCAUGGGCUCAGCCAGUUGUAUUUGCACUGAUAAGACAGGAACUUUAACAACAAACCACAUGAUCGUUGAUAAGAUUUGGAUCAGUGAUGUAUCCAAAUCGGUUAAUGCUGAUGCAAACAUCACUGAGCUAAAAUAUGUAAUUUCAGAAAGAGUUAUGGUAAUCCUUGCACAAGGCAUAUUUGUGAACACCGGAUCCGAGGUGGUUAAGGGAGAUGAUGGCAAAAGAACCAUCCUGGGUACACCAACUGAAGCAGCACUGUUGGAGUUUGGCUUGACCUUGGAAGGAGAUGGAUAUGCUGAACACAAUAAGCUCAGCAGAGUAAGAGUAGAGCCUUUUAAUUCAGUCAAGAAAAAGAUGUCUGUGAUAAUACGGUUACCAGACGGAGGUCUCCGUUCAUACUGCAAAGGUGCAUCAGAAAUUAUUCUGGGGCACUGUGAUACUUACCUCAGCAGUGAAGGAAAUAUAAUUCCACUGUCAGAGAAGCAGAAGGAAAAUGUGUUAGAUAUAAUUAAUUCGUUUGCUUCUGAGGCGCUGAGAACACUUUGCAUUGCAUUUAAGGAUCUGAAUGAAAUUUCUGACGAGGAACCUAUACCAGACAAUGGUUACACACUGAUAGCACUUUUCGGUAUAAAGGACCCAGUUCGUCCUGGUGUCAGGGAUGCAGUAAUGACUUGCAUGGCUGCUGGUAUUACCGUAAGAAUGGUAACAGGAGACAACAUCAACACUGCUAAAGCUAUUGCGAAGGAAUGUGGAAUAUUGACUGAGGAUGGGAUAGCAAUAGAAGGACGAGAGCUUCAUGAUAAGAGCUCGGAUGAACUGAGGGAGCUCCUGCCUAGAAUUCAGGUAAUGGCCCGUUCCUUACCUAUGGACAAAUAUAAAUUGGUAACAAGCCUGAAAAGCAUGUAUCAAGAGGUAGUUGCAGUUACUGGUGAUGGAACCAAUGAUGCACCGGCACUGUGUGAGUCAGACAUUGGACUUGCAAUGGGUAUUGCUGGAACAGAGGUCGCAAAGGAGAGCGCAGAUGUUAUAAUAAUGGAUGACAAUUUCAAAACCAUUGUAAAUGUUGCUAGAUGGGGUCGUGCUGUUUACUUGAACAUUCAGAAGUUUGUACAGUUCCAACUUACAGUUAAUAUAGUUGCUCUGAUAGUGAACUUUGUCUCAGCAUGUGUCACAGGGACUGCGCCACUUACUGCUGUCCAGUUGCUAUGGGUAAACAUGAUUAUGGAUACACUUGGAGCCUUGGCCUUAGCCACGGAACCGCCAAAUGACGAGAUGAUGAAGAGGCCGCCAGUAAGGCGAGGAGAUAGUUUUAUCACUAAGGUUAUGUGGAGGAAUAUUCUUGGUCAGGCUUUAUAUCAGCUCAUUGUAUUGGGUACUCUCAUGUUUACUGGAAAGAGACUACUUAAUAUUGAAGGUCCAGCUGCUGAUAAAACCAUCAAUACUCUCAUAUUCAACUCUUUCGUCUUUUGCCAGGUUUUCAAUGAAAUAAAUAGUAGGGAAAUGGACAAGGUCAAUGUCUUCCGAGGGAUAUUCAGAAAUUGGAUCUUUGUCAGCAUAUUGGCAGCUACAGUAAUAUUCCAAGUGGUCAUAGUGGAACUUCUUUGCACUUUUGCGAACACCGUGCCAUUGAGUUGGGAUCUAUGGUUGCUCAGUGUCAUUCUUGGUUCACUUAGUAUGAUCAUUUCCGUGAUCCUCAAGUGGAUUCCCGUUGAAUCUGGGAAGACAAAUACCAAACCCCAUGGGUACGAGUUAAUUCCUGAAGGCCCAGAAACUCUGUAACUUCACGCGCAAAUUCUGCUGUUUCCACGGUGGCAAGCCCCAAUCCUCACAACAGACACGGAUUUCUUGUCAGCCUUACUUCUUUGUCAGUGUAGUUUUGCUUUGGAAUAUAGUCCCAGCAAUCAGCCUUGGAGUUGACACUGAAGACUGAAAUGCUAAGGAACAUGUAAAUCAAAUGAC